AUAACUAAAUCGCCUCUAUCUUUUUGCGACAUUGGUGGGCGGUUUGCGGUAGUGUGUUUUCAGCAUGGCGGUGUCCGCAGUGUCAGUGGCUGGUCCGGCCCUCCUCAGCCGGUUGGUGGGACAAAUUCAGGCGAGGAUUCUUGCCCCCUGCUCACAGGUGUCAUGUCUCCACACCACUGCACAAUUAAAUACCAAGAACUGGGAUAGGAAAAAUCGCAUUGUAUAUCCACCUCAACAGAAGGAUGAGCCCCCUAGACCAGCCGAGAUAUUUCACUGCAGACGGCAAAUUAAGUACAGCAAGGACAAGAUGUGGUAUCUAGCUAAGCUGAUUAAAGGAAUGUCCAUCGACCAAGCCCUCGCUCAGCUCGAGUUCAGUGACAAGAAGGGAGCCAUAGCAAUAAAAGAGGUUCUUUUAGAAGCCCAGGAAAUGGCCGUGAAGAACCACAAUGUAGAAUUCAAAUCAAAUUUGUAUGUUGCUGAGUCCUUCUCAGGCAAAGGCAAAUACCUCAAGAGGAUUCGCUACCACGGCCGAGGCAUGUUCGGCAUCAUGGACAAAGUGCACUGUCAUUACUUCGUGAAGCUGGUGGAGGGUACGCCUCCGGUGGUAGUGCAGAAGACGCCGUUUGACCAGGCUAAAGAGUACGUUGAACAGCUGAGGAGCCGGACAAUCAUCCAUUCCCUCUAGCUUAAACUCUCACUGCUUACCGCGCCUUUGUGAUGUUAAUGUAAAUAGAAAUGAAAUAAACACCUGAUUCACCUGUUUCAGAA